AUGGCUCAAUACUACCCCAAUCAACAGCAACCCUCCCAAGGGUACGCGCCGCAAGCCAACGCCCAAAAUCUCCAGUUCUUCCCGUCCUCCUACUCUACAGUGUCCGGCCACACGACGCCCUCACAAGCCUCGUAUGGCGCAGGGUUUGGCGGUGCGCCGGGCUCGUCCGCACAGGCGUACCCCGUGAGUGGCGGGUAUGGAGGGUUCGGAGGUCCGGCGGGGGGUGUGAGUGGGAGGAUGGGAGAACAGGGUGGAUUGCGGACUGGAUGGUUGGCUGCGUUUGGAACGGAAGGGUAUGAUGGCGAGCCGCCGUUGUUGGAGGAAUUAGGGGUGAAUUUUGAACAUAUUCGGACAAAGACCUUGACCGUCCUCAACCCCUUCGCCUCAAUCGACAGGCACCUCAUGGAUGACAGUGAUCUCUACGGCGCCCUUCUGUACAUCGUCCUAUACGGCACAUUCCUCCUCUUCUCGGGCAAAGUCUUCUACGGCUACAUCUACGGCGUCGCCGUCUUCGGCACAAUCGCUCUCCACCUCAUCCUCAGUCUCAUGUCCCCGGCCCUCGACACCGUGUCCGCCGCCAACGCCGCCGAUCCCACGGCCAACUACUCCCCGCACCAUAAACCGUCCAUCUCCGGCGUCUCUUCCGCCUCUGGUGUCGGCGGUUCUGCCGCAGGCCAUUUCUCCGCCACGCUGACAUUCCCGCGCUCCGCCAGCGUCCUGGGCUACUGUUUCUUGCCCCUGGUCUUGACUGCCCUGGUGGGCAUUCUGAUCCCCAUGGAUACGCUGUUUGGAUAUCUUUUGACGACGGCCGCGGUGGGCUGGUGCACGUAUAGCUCGUCGGGCAUGUUCUGUGCUGUGGCGAGAAUGAGUGGGAUGCGCGGCUUGGUGGCGUAUCCGUUGGCGCUGUUCUACGUGGUAUUUGGAAUCAUGGGCAUCUUUUCGUCGAGGGGGACCGGUUCGCUGGCUGCGAAGACGGGAGCUGCGUGA